AUGUCAAAACGGCAGAGUGAUGCUGAAUUUGAAACAGCAAAAAAACAUAAACGGACAAGAAAAGCAGCAAAGAAUCAGUCUUACUUGUCCAGGGUCAACUACAAGGACUUCCAAGUUACAGUAAAACCUAGUCUUCCUGCCCUGAGUAGAGUGUCAUUCAGAGUGGAAACACCCACGGAAUAUGGUGCUAUCGACUGUUUGGACAUCAGAGAUAAAGGAGUAACGGUUUCCGGAGUAUACAAUAUCACACUGGGCGGUAGUAAACUAACAAGGGUUUACUGUGACAUGGAUACAGAUGGAGCAGGAUGGACAAGACGUAUAGAUGGUGACGUCCACUUCUAUUUGGGUUGGAAUGAUUACAAAGUUGGAUUUGGGGACGUUGCUGACGAGUUUUGGCUUGGAAAUGAGAACUUAUAUCUUCUGACAUCAUUUGGAGAGACCGAAAUGAGAAUUGAUCUAGAAGAUUUUGAAAACAUUACUGUUUACGCUGAUUAUGCAUCUUUCUGGGUCGGGGACGAAACUACCUCUUACAGACUACAUGUAUCGGGGUUUUCUGGAAGUGCAAAAGAUACAUUGGCGUACCAUAAUGGGUCGGCUUUCACUACCAAAGAUGAUGACAAUGACAUUUGUACAUGCGAUUGUGCUACCAUGUACACUGGUGCCUGGUGGUACAGGAAGUGUCAUUACUGCAACUUGAAUGGUCAGUAUCUUUCGGGAAUUACCACAGAGGGCGGGAGGGGGUUACAUGGGCCAAGUGGAAGGGUCAAUACUACUCUCUCAAACAAAUCAAGAUGAUGGCUAGGGGGAUUGCGAACGAUCUGGACAUAGUAGUGCAUCACAGAACUCUGAGCAGUCAGAGUUAAAAGUGAGUUGCAGUUUAUCAGACAACUAUGUUAAACUGUAAAAUAAUGGUGCGGAGGCUCUUAUACAAGGGUCACAAAAUAUGUAGGAAAGGAAAAGCAAAGGACAAGGGUAUAACAACAUUUGUUCGAAUGGAAAUGCAGUGACUCUGAGGUUUCUUACAACUCGUACGAAUGGAAUAUCAGAGGCUGAAAGUUUCACGAAAGUCAUAAGCAAUGAAAAAAAUCCAAAUAAUUUGAAAGGUUUUUACUUCUCCAUACGAAAACAUUGAAAACAUAAACUUGAAUGGUGGUCAAGCACUCAUAAUUUUAUAUAAAAGAAAAAAAAUGUUUUAUAAUGUUAAACCCGAACGAUGUCUUUCAAGAUAUUACGCAAACGAAAAAUCGUGUAUAAAAAUUACAAGGUUUCAGUAUGAUUGAAUACAGUUCC